AUGUACAAGGACAUGGCGCAUCUGAUGUGUGGUGCUGCUGUUCACCUCUCUACCCAGAUUGGUCUUCACAUCGCCGGCGUGGGCCAGGACUUUUCGAGAACGCCACUGAAGAAAGACCAGGAUCAGAAGGUCAUCCGCGCCAGACUUUGGCUUUGUUGUGUGAUACAAUCUAUCCGGACCAACAUUGCCGAUGGUCUACCACCCACAGCGGAGUCUCUACUGGACUGCGAUGAAAGAGAUCGCGACAAUAUGGUGCCAUAUCUUCCAGCUGACCUGCAGUUCCUGCACAAGACUUACAUCAUCACACUCAGAGCUGUAGUAGCUCUGACGUUCCAUUUCUUCGCACACCCAACCAAUCCAGGACCAGACAUGGAGAGCCUUAGUCGCUUCUACUCUCUCUGCAUCAACGUGAUUCACGCAGCGACAAACCUGAUUCAACAGAGUUACUUCUCCUUUGCCAUGGACAGAUCGAUAACUCUCGCUGGGUUCGUCUUACUGAAGCUUGUUCGGAGUUCGCUUGCACCACAUCUGGACCUUGCUGCUGGCGAAAAGGCAUAUUUCCAAGCGAUACACUUCCUUAACAGUGUAUCUUUGCAGCAAGGUGACAUUUACGUGCGGACCGCGCUUAUUAUGAAGGACCUGUGGGGUAGCAACAAGGUAUUCAUGAAGAAGAACGGGCAGACCGAGUCCCUCGGGCUGAGACUGAGAACAAGACUGGGUAUGAGUGUCAGUUACGACAUGUUCUGGUACUGGAGAGAAGAAUUCGGCAAUAUGCCGAACCCGUACAAUGGCGAUGAGACGUCCGCUACUUCCAACGACCCUACUCGGCCAAGUACGCCUCCUCUACAAAACGCAUACGUUCCGGACGAGCCCAUGCUGACCCAGUCAGCACAAACCCAUAUGCAGCCGCAACCAAUGCCAGCUAUGCCCAUGAAUUCCCAAAUUCCGAUGAACAAGUUUGAUCCUAGCCUCGUUCAGAUGGCGACGGAUUCUGCUGUCAUGAGCUUCGACACUUGGGAUGGCUCGGAUUACAGUGUCCCACCGAUGAUGGAUCAGUUCCCUGACUACGACUGGGCCGCCGGCUUCGACUUCUCCAACACAGAAUUUCCAACUAUGCCAACUGGCCCCAUUGGAGGCGGUCCUAUGAUGUCCAAUAAUGUCAGCAACGUAGGAUACACAUUUGGCUGA